CGUCCUCGGUUCUGCCCGACUCCCGGCCGGGUGCGCGCGCAGUCCUCUCUCGUGGACGGUCCCGCCGCCCCACCCCCAGCCGGAGGGGCGCGCGGCCGCCGAGCCACCCGGGACAGAGGAGGAGGAGGCGGCGGGAGCGCGAGCUGCCACCCGCGUCUCCUUGGCGCGGCAGGAUUCACAGAUGGAUUCAGUGAAGAAAACAAAUAGAAGUGAACAGAAGUCAAGGAAAUUUUUAAAAAGUCUCAUCCGGAAACAGCCCCAGGAGCUGCUCCUGGUCAUCGGGACUGGUGUCAGUGCUGCAGUGGCUCCUGGGAUCCCUGCCCUCUGCUCUUGGAGGAGCUGCAUCGAGGCUGUCAUUGAGGCCGCAGAGCAGCUGGAGGUGCUGCACCCGGGGGACAUUGCUGAGUUUCGGAGGAAGGUGAUGAAGGACCGGGACCUGCUGGUUGUGGCCCAUGAUCUGAUCCGGAAGAUGUCUCCUCGCACAGGCGAUACCAAGCCCAACUUCUUCCAGGACUGCCUGAUGGAGGUUUUUGACAGCCUGGAGCAGCAUAUCCAGAACCCUCUGGUGCUGCAGUCCAUCCUCAGCCUGAUGGACAGAGGCACCAUGGUGCUGACCACCAACUACGACAACCUGCUGGAGAUCUUUGGGCAGCAGCAGAACAGGCCCAUGGAGUCACUGGACUUAAAGGACAAAACAAAGGUUCUUCAGUGGGCAAGAGGCCACAUCAAGUAUGGAGUUCUUCACAUUCAUGGCUUAUACACAGACCCCUGUGGGAUGGUAUUGGAUCCGUCGGGAUACAAAGAUGUCACUCAAGACCCAGAAGUAAUGGAAGUCCUGCAGAACCUGUACCGCACCAAGUCCUUUCUGUUUGUGGGCUGUGGAGAGACCCUUCGUGACCAGAUAUUCCAAGCUCUCUUCCUUUACUCGGUGCCAAAUAAGGUGGACUUAGAGCACUAUAUGGUGGUGCUCAAGGAGAACGAAGACCAUUUCUUUAAGCAUCAAGCAGAUAUGCUUCUGCAUGGAAUUAAGGUGGUGUCCUACGGGGACUGUUUUGACCAUUUCCCAGGAUAUGUGCAAGACCUUGCCACUCAGAUCUGCAAGCAGCGAAGUCCAGACGCUGAGCGAGUGGACAGCACCACAUUAUUGGGUAAUGCCUGUCAAGACUGUGCAAAGCGGAAGUUAGAGGAGAAUGGAAUUGAAGUUUCGAAAAAACUCAGACAAUCAGAUACAGAUGAUGCUGGAGGGUCUUGAAAUCUUUAAAACCUACAACUUAAAAACAGCCUUCUGUAACCACAGUGCCAUGUCCAAGCGAUGAGGAAUGUACAGAGGACUCCGUAUGGAUCUCUCAAUCCUAAACCAUCACAUACCCCAAGAGAGCUGCGUGGUGUGUGGACCUCAAGGCUGCGUGACAGAGCUCUACUGUGUGUUUAGCUGCUCGGAAGGUGACAUGGACACACUUCAGGUACAUCCUGUAAGGACUAAUGGUCAGCUACCUCAGGGACCAAAUUAGAGGGAAGGGAUGUACCUGCUGUUCCCUUACUUUCAUUUGACAUGCUCUCCUGUGCCAGGUUGGUAUUUUUCCUAAUUCAGGGAAUGUGAAGAC